GCGUUCUCUUUGAGAUCGAAGAAGAAUGAUGGGAACUGACAUUCAGUUUUGCACUCUCGUGAAACUGCUCUUGUCACAACUCCGAAGUUGCUCUUAUUGGCACACCUCCGACGCAACUCGAAAGCAAUCCGACCAACAUGUCCAUCGUGAACCCCACCGGCAUUAUCCAUAUUGAUAUUUGGUACUAUUUUCUGAUCUUGGCGCUUGGUCCUGGCAGUGUUUUGUAUCUCGUGUUGUUCCGUGCGAGACGCCAACGGUUGAUCACUGCGUACCAUGAAACUGGAGUGAAAGUGUUGGGGAUGGUGACACAUCGCAAGCUGAUCGUCAAACGUGGAGUCGUUACAGGCAUCGAGCAGUCGAGGACCCAUCAUAUCCGCUACGCGUACAAGCCACCGGGAUCUGACAUGAUUCACAUCAAGAACUACGUGCAGGUGGGCCGGGAACAUUUGCGGCGGCGCGUCAUGGUCGUUGUGGUUCUACCCGGACAGCCCGAAUCAGGAGUUCCCAAGUUUCUGCUCCCCAGUGGAGCGUCGUGUCUGGAAUCAUGGCCUGGGUAUCUGGGUUGUUGGGCCAUGUCACUAGCGUUCUUGGCGUAUUCCGUGCUGGUGUUCGGCCUGCUCAUUGCCUUUGAGCUACAAACAUCUACACAAUGCAAGGAAACCAAUCACAGUCAAAAGCAAUAUACAUGCAACGUCACCAUUGCCGAUUAUUGGGAGGGAUUGCUGGCUGUGCUCGUGUUGGGGGCACUUGGAGCCUACAUUCAAUUCCGAUGCCAACAAUCUGUCAUUCCGGGCACUGUGUGGCGCAAAGAAGUCUGUUCUGUCACACCAGUAGUCGCCACUGCCACGCCAGUGGACUCGUCGUCGUCGUCGUCCUGGCGGCGAUACACGAGGAUGGACAAUCGAGCUGAAAUACCAUUGGCAGAAGCAGCCGCGGUCCUCACUUCGGACGAGGCGGCACAUGCCACCAUUACUGUUCAAUCUAGCGAUGCAGUAGCGGUGCCCCGUUGCGUCCAACAAAGCGACGACGUCGAACUGGUCUCUCCCGGUACUAUUACUGCUGCCGCCGUCUCAACAAUAUCCACAACAACGGGACAAGAGACCCCUGAUGACAAGGAGGCGUUCAUUGUGUAAUACUGUUGUGGUUGUAAAAAGUGUCGAUUGGCUUCAAAACUGGUCUCGACGGCGGCACUCGCAAAAGACAUCCUAUAACUACUAAUAUGAUACUCAUAUAUAUACCGAACUGAAUGUCUGCAUGCCUGACAUUGUCAAUUGUAUGGCCAUCGGAUACUUCUAUGGUUCAUCCUCCGC